AUGGCGGCCGCGGAGGCGGCGGCGCCGGCGCCCCCCGGUGAGGUGAAGCGGCCCGAGGGCGAUGAGUGGUGUGACAGCGGCCUGGGCUCGCUGGGCGAGGGGCAGCUGGGGCCGCUGCCCGUCAGCCCCGGCCCCGCCCCCGAGGAGGAGGAGGAGGCGGCGGCGGUGGCGUCGUCGCCGCCGGCGGCCGCUGUAGACCCCGCGGCCUGGCUGCGGCACGUCCUGGGCUUCCUCACCGAGGACGGUGACACGGCCCUGCACUUGGCCGUCAUCCACGAGCACGAGGCUUUCCUGGACUCCAUCCUGCAGUACACGGGGGGCACCGAGUACCUGGACCUGCAGAACGACCUGGGACAGACGGCGCUGCACAUCGCCGUCAUCCUGGGCCUGUCGGGCUUCGUGCGGAAGCUGCGGGCGGCGGGCGCGGGGCUGUGCGUGCAGGAGCGGGGGGGGCACACGGCGCUGCACCUCGCCUGCCGUGAGGGCCGCCGGGGCUGCGCCCGGCACCUCCUGGGGCCCCCCCGGACCCCCCCGGCGCCCCGCGACGAGGAGGCGCUCGCCCAGCUCGACAGCGUCAACUACGACGGUUACACUCCCCUCCAUGUCGCCGUCCUCCGCAAAGACCUGGAGAUGGUGGAGCUGCUGCUGAGCGCCGGUGCCGACCUCAACAAGGCGGAGCCGAGCUGCGGCCGCAGCCCCCUGCACCUGGCGGUGGAGGCGCAGAGCCCCGAAGUGGCCGAGUGCCUCCUGCGCGCCGGCGCCGACCCCGCCGCCCGCAUGUACGUGGGGUACACCCCCCUCUACAGCGCCCGCCACCGCCCCGACCCCCGCCUGCCCCAGCUGCUGCGGGAUUUCGGGGCGCAGGAGCCCCCCGGGGACUCCGAGGACAGCCCCGACGAGGGCGAGGGCGAGAACAGCGACGUAAGUGGCGAGGAAUACGACGAUAUCAUCAUCAACAGUGGGCGCUGCCUGGACUGAUGGGCCCCCCGAUGCCCCCAACCCUGCCAAGUCUCCCCCUAUUUAUCUGGGGGCUCCCGAUACUGUUGGCUGGACUUUGGGGGAGCCCCCGCUCCCCCCCCACCCCAA